AUGGAGGCCGAAAUCCAGGCCCAGAUCCCUCAUAUUGACCCAAUUCUUUCGGAAUACUCUGUAGGAUAUCUCAACCAUGCUUCGAAGCUCUAUUUCUCCGAAGACGAGCCCUCGGGCCUGUCUCCACAGGCGGAAGCUCUCGAAGCCAUAACUUCUCUACUCGUGUCCGCCUCGGGGGACUUUUCUGAGCAGAACGAAGCCGCAAUCCGCAACCUGGUGGAAAAGUUCAUUUCCAGGUUGAGUGAGGCGAAUGGCAUCGACCCUGAGAGGCAGCAGAUGCCUUUCACUGCCCGAAAGCUUGACCAGACGAUCCAAGUGAGCUCGCAGCGGAACAUCUCGUCUACUCUGGGCCUGACCAGCGGUGGUGUUGACCUUGAAGCUGCCAAUGCUCGAAAGGUGGAAUCUAAAGUGGACAGGAAAAAGCUCGAAAAGGCCGAGCGGAAGAUUCGAGCAAAGCAAGAUAAGAAAAUCAUGAAAAAUGUCGAGUACGAGGCCUCACGACUACUGGAUCAACUAGACAGCAGUCAAUCGUAUGAGGAGUUUUACAUGGCCGUCAACCCCCUUCAGCUUGGGUCCGACGCUCAGUCAAAGAGCAAAGACAUUAAGGUUGAUGGAAUUGACAUAGCCAUUGGCGGUAAACGCAUUCUAACUGACGCGUCACUGACACUUGCCUAUGGCCGAAGGUAUGGUCUUGUCGGCCGGAACGGUAUCGGUAAAUCCACACUGCUACGUGCUUUGAGUCGGCGUGAAGUGGCGAUUCCAACCCACAUCUCUAUUCUUCAUGUUGAACAGGAGAUCACGGGCGACGACACGCCAGCUCUGCAAGCAGUCCUUGAUGCCGAUGUCUGGCGAAAACAUCUGCUCGCUGAACAAGACAAGAUAAGCAAGCAGCUUACCGCGCUUGAGGCGGAGAGGUCGACAUUGGCAGACACCUCAAAAGACGCUGCUCGGCUCGACCUCGAAAAAGACGGGCUCGAUACAACGCUGGGAGACAUUCAGGCCAAACUCAGCGAGAUGGAGUCAGACAAGGCGGAAUCUCGGGCCGCCAGCAUUCUGGCUGGGCUGGGAUUCUCGACCGAACGUCAACAGUUUGCCACCAAGACGUUCUCCGGCGGUUGGAGAAUGAGAUUGGCUCUGGCCAGGGCUUUGUUUUGUGAACCGGACUUGUUGUUGCUCGACGAACCUUCCAACAUGUUGGAUGUGCCAUCGAUCACCUUCUUGGCCAACUACCUGCAAACCUAUCCCAGCACCGUCUUGGUCGUCUCGCACGAUCGUGCCUUUCUCAAUGAAGUUGCCACGGACAUCAUGCACCAGCAUUCUGAAAGGGUCGACUAUUACAAGGGAGCCAACUUUGAUUCGUUCUACGCCACCAAAGAAGAGCGGAAGAAGACUGCCAAACGCGAAUACGAGAAUCAAAUGGCCCAGCGUGCUCAUCUCCAGGCUUUCAUCGAUAAAUUUCGGUACAAUGCCGCCAAGUCAUCCGAGGCGCAGUCUCGGAUCAAGAAGCUCGAGAAAAUGCCUGUUCUGGAGCCUCCCGAGGCCGAGUAUACGGUCGUAUUCAAGUUCCCGGACGUGGAAAAGCUGUCACCGCCCAUUAUCCAGAUGUCCCACGUAGCAUUUGGCUACAGUCCUGACAAACCUCUCCUCCGCAACGUCGACCUGGAUGUCCAACUGGACUCGCGAAUUGGGAUCGUGGGCCCCAACGGGGCUGGUAAGACUACGGUGCUAAAACUGCUGAUCGGACAGCUCCAGCCUACAUCGGGAUUGAUCACACAACAUGCACGACUCCGGAUUGGCUUCUUUGCUCAGCACCAUGUGGACGCACUAGACAUGAACACCUCUGCAGUUGGUUUCAUGCAGAAGAACUAUCCUGGCAAGACGGACGAGGAAUAUCGCCGCCAUCUCGGUGCUUUUGGCAUUACAGGGAUGACAGGUCUUCAAAAGCUUGAGCUACUGUCUGGUGGUCAAAAAUCCCGAGUAGCGUUUGCCUGUCUAUCAUUGACCAAUCCGCACAUUCUGGUGCUCGACGAACCGUCCAAUCACUUGGAUAUUGAGGCGAUGGACGCCCUUUCAACAGCGUUGCGCCAAUUCCAGGGAGGGGUCUUGAUGGUCAGUCACGACGUGACCAUGCUGCAAAAUGUGUGCAACAGUCUGUGGGUGUGUGACAAUGGCACUGUCGAGAAGUUCCCGGGUGAUGUCAAUGCAUACAAGAAGAGGAUCACCGCGCAAGCCAACGAGGCGGGAGUUGUCCAAGCCCAUUAG